AUGAGCAAGAACUCACUUGCUUGGAAAAACACGAAAAAAGAGUAUGAAAAGAAAAUGAAGAAGGAGAAAGGUAAAUACAAGGAGGAAGUAAGGAAGUUUAUUGCUCUAAAGAAUUCAAGCUCAAAGUCCUCAAAGAAUGAGCAAAGUGAUCAUGAAGAAAGGGAUAACAACAAUUCUGGUUAUAGACAUGAAUGUCUCAUGAUUAAGAAAGACAAUGAGAAAUGGCAUCAUAGGAAGUCUAGAAAGUCUAGAAGAGUGUAUAUUUCUUCUGAGAGUUCAAGUGAUUCCUCAAGAGAUGAAAGCUCUACUUCGAGUGUAGAAUCGGCCCAGAUUUGUCUUAUGGAAAAUGGAACAAAGAAGAAAAAUGUAAUUCCUUCUAAACUUGAGCUUACUAGUGAUUUAUCUUAUUCUCAAAUACAAUAUGCUUUUGAUAAUCUUCAUAGAGAGGCAUUUAAUAUUUUUAAAAAGUUAUCUUCAUAUGAAAAAAUAUUUUUACAAUUAGAAGCUAAGGUCUUAGAAUCGGAAAAGAAAUUGGAAGCAAUUAAGUUAUUUAUGCUAGACGUUCAAAAGGACAAGAUUGAGGAUGAAAAACCUUUUAGGUUUGGUUAUGAAUCUUGCCAUAAUUGGGAAGAAGAAAUAAAGGUUGAAUGUCUUGACUCUACGGAAAAAAUGUGGUAUCUUGAUAGUGGAUGUUCGAGACAUAUGAAGGGUGACAUAUCUCUAUUCAUUGACUUUGUGCCAAAGAAGAAGGGGUUCACCGCUUAUGGUGAUAACAACAAAGGAGUUAUACUUGGAAAAGGUAGUGUAGGUAAUUCAUCAUCUACUAUUAUCUCAGAUGUUAUGCUAGUUUAUGGUCUUAAACAUAACCUUCUUAGCAUUGGUCAACUUUGUGACAAGGGAUUUAAAGUUACUUUUACAAACACUUGUUGCUUAUUUGAACAUAAUGAGAAGAAGGAUUGCAUUUUUAAAGGCUUGAGGGUUAAUAAUACCUAUAUGCGUAACUUGGAUGUCAUAUCAUUGAUUGGAACUAAGUGUCUUGCUACCAUUAGUGAAAAUAAUUGGUUAUGGCAUAGACUCCUAGCUCAUAUCAACUUUGACUUAUUAAACAAAGUAACCUCAAAAGAUUUGAUUUUGUUGGGUUAUAUUUUUGUAUAG